CAGGUCUCGGGCCCCCAGGGGGAGCGGCGGGCGCCGGACCCCCAGAUGGAGCGACAGGUCUCGGGCCCUCAGGCGGAGCGGCGGGCGCCCGGACCCCCAGGCGGAGCGACAGGUCUCGGGCCCUCAGGCGGAGCGGCGGGCGCCGGACCCCCAGAUGGAGCGACAGGUCUCGGGCCCUCAGGCGGAGCGGCGGGCGCCGGACCCCCAGGUGGAGCGACAGGUCUCGGGCCCUCAGGCGGAGCGGCGGGCACCGGACCCCCAGACGAAGCGGCGGGCACCGAGUCACCAGGCACGACAGUGGGCACCGAGUCGUCUGGCAAGACUGCGGGCACCGAGUCAACUGGCGGAACAGCGGGCAUCGAGUCAACUGGCGGAACUGAGGGCACCGAGUCGUCUGGCAAGACUGCGGGCACCGAGUCGUCUGGCAAGACUGCGGGCAUCGAGUCAACUGGCGGAACAGAGGGCACCGAGUCGUCUGGC